GGGCCGGCGGAGGGCGCGGGCGGGCCGGGCCCGGGAUCCCGGACCGCGCCGAGGACGCGCGGUUUACGGGAAAGAGGCGACCGGCGUGGCGUCCACGGUGGGGCCCGGGAGCCCCGCGGCGCGGGCCGGGGGCCGGGGCCCGGUUCGAUUCUGCGACCGCGAGGUGCGGGAACCGGUCCGCCGGGCCAGGCAGCGGUGCUAGGCGGCUGGGGCAGCGAAGCCGCCGCCUUUCCCUUCUCCUGCCCCCGUCCUUGCUCCGCAGCGUCCUCGUCCUCGUUGGGUCCCCGCCGCCGCCGCCGCCGCCGCCUCAGCCUCGGCGCUCUUCGGGCUUCUUCUCUCCAUCAAGGCCGGGCCGACCCGCAGGGACCAUCCCGGGAAGUGAGGGGUUGUUGCCGUUUCCCGCAGCUGUUGGUGGCCAUCUUUAAUCCUCCUCCUCCUCCUGCUUUCUCCACCUCCCGCUGGCUGCCUGACUGA